UAUUAAUCAAAAAAUAUCAAUCAGUUCUUCUUGAUAUCUUCGUUUGAAAUGCCUCGCGAUAAUUCCUCUUCUUCUCGUCGUCGCCGUGGAUCAAAACGUUGCCCGACAGGGAUGAGCUCGAAUAAGACCUCUCGCUCAACUUCGUCAUCGUCUGUCACAUCAUCUUCAGGACAUGGUGCAUCGAGCUUCUCCGAGGAUUCGUCUGUUCGCUCUGUCACCAACAGUGUUAGAAGUACUAGAAGCGCUGGAUCUAUCAUGUCAAUGGCUAGUGCCGAGGCAAGUGUCGUUGCUCCAGAUCUGACAAUCUACCAUGGAGAUCGUAAGCAAUCCUACCAGCUCGCUGACAAGGGGAAAAUGGUCGUUAUCAACCGGAAAAAUGGGGUGAUUGUCUACAUGCUUCGUUGUGUCGACGGCCGUCGUGUCUACAUUGAGAAAUCUUCCGAAGGAGCCAGUCUUAUUCUGACUAAUCAACGUGGAAAAGUGAUCAAGGCAUUGGCCGGGCACUACUAGAGGAAUUGUGAUGAAAAUGCAGUACAAAAAAGAAGUAAAUCCAGCAAUUGUCCUCAUUAACUUGUGUAUUGUAUUUAUUUUUUUAGUAAAGACUGGAAGUAGUUCUG